CCUCACUGUAUGGACGCGUUGCAGUUAACUGUAAUCAAAAUGAGAUCGACAUUGCUUCUAAUAGUAUUACUUGCGUUAGAAGUGCAUAGUGCGAGAAUAUUAGUAAUGGUUCCUACUCCUUCUAUAAGUCAUCAAGUUGUGUUCCGACCCCUAAUACAAGAACUAUUGAAAAGGGGACACGAGUGUGUCGUUAUAACUACAGAUCCUGUGUAUCCCAAGGGUGAAACGCCAAAGAAUCUUACGGAAGUAGACAUACACGAUUUAUCCUACAGCAGUAUAGUUGACAUACUGCAGAGCAUAAAUGGCGAUAAGGAUAACUAUUUGACUCUAAUGAGCACGAUAUUCCAUCGUAUGUCUAUUGUAUUAGAGAAACAAGUCCAAUUACCCGAAGUUAAAGAAGUAUUGGACUCUGGAAAGUUCGAUAUGAUAAUUGGUGAGGCGUAUAUUCGACCACUACUCGGACUAUCGCAUUAUUUAAAAGCACCUGCUAUUUUGUUGAGUACGUUUGGUGGUCUGCCAACUCAAUAUAAUCUACUCGGUGCUCCAACACAUCCAAUACUAUUCCCAUAUUUUAUACAAACAAAGUUAUACAAUCUAUCGUUUUUCGAGAAGAUGAUCGAAAUCUUUAACUAUAUUCGCUAUGAAUGGAAUUCGUAUUGUUUGGAACGAAUCGAUUUUGAGAUAAUGCGGCGAAAUUUUGGAGAUGACGUGCCCAGUUUUAAGGAAUUGUAUAGAAACAAUGUACAUUUACUGUUUUUGAAUGAGCAUCCCCUGUGGGCUGAUAACAGACCUGUGCCACCUAUUAUAAAGUAUAUAGGUGGGAUACAUACACCGGAAGAGAAACCAUUACCGAAGGAACUGAAAGAUUAUCUAGAUGCAGCAAAAAGGGGCGUUAUUUACUUCAGCCUUGGCUCCAACGUGAAACCUUCGCUUCUUCCAGCGAAUAAAAUAAAUUUGAUAUUGAAUGUAUUGUCGAAAAUGCCGUACGAAGUUUUAUUCAAAUGGGACAGCAAAGACUACCCUCCGGGAUACGAUAAUAUAAAUUUUUUCACGUGGAUACCUCAAUCGGACCUAUUAAGGCAUCAAAAUAUAAAGGUCUUUAUCACACAAGCUGGAUUGCAAUCAACCGACGAGGCUAUAGAUGCGGCUGUCCCGCUCAUCGCAUUUCCAAUAUUCGGCGAUCAGUUCUAUAAUUCUGAAAAAUAUGUCAAACUGAAUGUUGGCCUGCAGUUGGAUAUCAGUUCUGUGACAGAGGAAGAGUUCCGAAGCGCUCUCAGUGCUGUUACUGGUGAUGUUAAGUAUGUUCCUUUUUUAUGGAUAGACGUCAAUUAA